CGGCCGCGCUAUUUCCAAGGUCGGUGGGAACCGGGAGAGCAGGGGAUUUGGAAGAAGAGACGAAGGGAAGGAAUGCGAAAGCUAUUGCAGCCGAGGCGCUAUUCUACCAGCGCGGCGAGCAACCCAAAUGCCGCCUCCUUCCCUCCGCUUUCCCCUCCCAGCUUCAGGCAGAGAAGGCUCCUCCUUUUCCUGCUGGGUUUUCUGGCUGUAGCCGCACAGGCGGCGCCGGCUGUUGCUACAGGCGCGGCAGGCUGUGCGCGUCUCCCUUUCCUCUUCCGAGCGGUUCCGGCGCCCGCGCAGCGCCGCCCUCGUUACGCCAAGGAGGAGGCGCGCUGCCUCCUCAUUGCAUUUCUGCAGCCCGACCAUGCGGGCGCCGCAGCCCGUGGCGUUGCUGGCCUGGGCGCAAAGCAGCUGAUUUGUAAAGAGGAGCCGGGAAACCAAACCCAAAGCACCCCAACCAGGCUUGGGUGCCGCCGUCGAGGAGCAUGUUUCGCGCUUGCUUCGUUCCUUGGCGCACCGGCGGCGGCGGCGGCUCCUCCUCCUGCUGCUCGCAGCGUCUGGGUUUCAGGCGUUAUGGGAGACUGGCCCGCCUCCGCCUAUCAGCCGGCGAAGGUGCUUCAGCUGCCGAAGGCAAGCAUCUUCUGGGCGUCGCUUCCCGGAGAGCAAGGUGCAGCGGUGGUCCGGAGCGCGGGACCAAGUGGAUCCAGCCCGCGGGCCGGGACAGCGGCAUCCAGGCGUACAACAGCCUGAGCAGAAGGAAAGAGCCUCUCAUCCUGCGAAACGCGGAUGUGGUGACUUGGUAUAGCUGUGGACCUACUGUCUAUGACCACGCACACCUUGGUCAUGCUUGCUCCUAUGUUAAAUUUGAUAUAAUUCGAAGAAUACUGACAAAGAUAUUUGGAAAGGAAGUCGUCAUGGUGAUGGGGAUUACAGAUAUAGAUGAUAAAAUAAUUAAAAGAGCCAGUGAGAUGGGCAUAUCUCCAGAGUCUCUUGCUCGUUUUUAUGAGGAGGACUUCAAGCAAGACAUGGAUGCUUUAAAGGUUCUACCUCCUACAAUAUAUAUGAGAGUGACUGAAAAUAUUCCUCAGAUCAUUUCUUUUAUACAGCAGAUCAUUGCUAGCGGGCACGGUUAUGCAACAUCGAAAGGUAAUGUAUAUUUUGAUGUCCGUUCUAGGGGAGACAGAUAUGGAAAGCUAACACAGGUUUACCCUGACACCCAAGAGGAACCAGCCGACAGUGAUAAGCGUAACGUGAAGGAUUUCGCUCUUUGGAAGGCAGCCAAACCUCAAGAGACAUGCUGGGUUUCUCCCUGGGGGAACGGAAGGCCUGGCUGGCAUAUUGAGUGUUCAACGAUAUCAAGUCUAGUGUUUGGAGGACAUUUGGAUAUCCACACUGGUGGAAUCGAUCUUGCAUUUCCUCAUCAUGAAAAUGAAAUUGCUCAGUGUGAAGUUUAUCAUCAGUGUGAACAAUGGGGAAAUUAUUUUCUACACUCUGGACACCUGCAUGUUAAAGGGAGUGAGAAAAUGUCAAAAUCACUGAAAAACUACAUUACCAUUAAGGAUUUCCUGAAGAAGUUCUCACCUGAUCAGUUUAGGAUGUUUUGCUUACGGAGUGGAUACAGAUCAUCUGUUGAAUACAGUGAUGACAGCAUGAAUGAUGCAAAGAACGUUCUUCAGACAAUCUGUUCUUUUGUGAGCAGUACACAUGCCUACAUGAAAGGACAACUUUUGUGUGAAGCCGUUAGAGAAGAUCUACUGUGGGAGAGGCUAGCCAACACCAAAGCAGCGGUGAAGUCUGCGUGUGCCGAUGACUUUGACACCCCCAGGGCUAUUGGUGCAAUUAUGGACCUCAUUCACCAUGGCAACAGGCAGCUGAAGGCCGUCACUAAGGAAAGUGGAUCGCCUAGGAGUGCUGUUGUGUUUGGAGCCAUUCUCUCCUACAUCAUGGAAUUCCUUCACACAACUGGGAUCACCCUUGAGGAAAGACAGGUAGCUCCAGAAAACGAACAUUCAGCCAUGCUCUCCAGCGUGAUAGAUGAACUGGUGAGCUUCCGAACCAAAGUGCGCAGUUUUGCCCUUGCUGCACCCGAGGCUGCGGGGGGCGUGUCCACAGAUGGCGCCCCUCUGUCGAAAGAAGCCCGGCUGCAAAAGAAAACCGAAAGGCAGCAACAGUUGAAGGACCGAGCGCCCCUCUUGCAAGCGUGUGACAGCCUGCGUCGAGAUCUAGCCAUGUACGGCAUCGACAUAAAGGACAGAAGUACUACUUCUACAUGGGAACUUGGAGAGCCCAGUAAAGAACGGGAAAAGAGCUGAUAAAAAUAAGAAGUACAGACUGAGUGACUUAAUACUAUGGCGAUAUAAUGGAUUUUGAAUUACCCUGGCUGAGAGAAUCCUCGUCCUUGAAUUACUGGGUGGCAGAAAUAAUUCUUAAAACUGUCUACUUCAAAUUUAAAAGCAAGAAGCUUCGCCUGUUUUCUGAAAAGAUUUGUGUGGUGUGGUGUGGAGGGGAGGAACAAUUGCAAAUCUGUCAUUUAUUACAGCAGCUCUCCUGUAUUCUCACUUAUGGAAUCCUUUGACUCUACUUCAGCACCUCAAGAGUUUAAACACUGCUUCAACUACAUCUAGAAAAUAGAAUUAAGUGAAAAUAGCAUUGUCUGCUGUAGUGGCACAAGAGGUGAGUUGGCUUAAAUUCGAUUUUACCAAUAAGUAGUUGGUAUCCCUUGGCACAGGGAGAUAGAAGGCCUUUGCCUCAAAAACAGCACAGCCUUCAAGAAUAACUUAAAAGCUUAAAGGCACUAGGAUUUAGAUCAAAAACUCCAGGGUUCGGAGGGUGUUUUGUUAGCAAGAUGCUGAAUCAUACAUAAACCCUUUUCUAUUGUAAGAACUACAGUUUGAUGUUGCAGUUAAAUGCUAAUCCAUGCUACAAUUUUUCUAUAUAUCCACUUUCUUCCACAUUGGUGGACAGUGUUCCAGACUAGAUUCAGUCUUGUUUCAAAGUAGCUGGCACCAAACAAACCUGUUUAUGAAUUACGGAUCAGGCAGAGAGCAAUCUCUGCAGAAUUCAUAUCUCCAGAAGUACCUAGAAGGUCAGAAACAUGGAAGGGUUCCUUAUUCCAAGUCAAAGCAUUGGCUUAUAUAGCUCAGUCGAGUUAGCAUGUGUCCUAUUGAUCUACAGCCUCCUGCUAACCAGCCUUUACUUGAAACAUCAGUGGCAGAUAUUUUUCACUGCAUCAAAGCAUUGUUCAGAAGUAGACGGCUUCUUUUUAGCAAUGUUGGUUAACAAAAUUCCAUUUCGCUGAUUUUUUUUGGAGCUGGACUUUGUUCGAAUGAAGAUUUACAGAUACAGACUUGGAUCUAAUUUCAGGCCAGAAACACAUCAUUCUUUGUUGGUAAAUAAUAUAUAAAAUACUAAUCCAGAACACCUUGCAGUAAAAUAUCUCUUUUCUGCUGGGUUUCUCUUAAACAUUCAGCAUGGCCUUUUAUUUGUUGCACCAGUUGUUCAGAUGAGAAGGAACUGAUGAAGACCAGGGCAUUUAAGGUAGCGGAGAUGUGGAUUCAGAAACAAGCUUUUUUGCAUGCCCUCUACUGAGAUGAGGUGUGGCCUCCAUGCAUUUCAGCAAGACUGUAGGGACUAUGCUGGCUGACCUGUAAAUCUUUAAACAGAUGGCAGGGACUGGUGCCAUCUUUAGAAGGCAAUUUCAGGUUUCAUGCAAGAGUGUAUCAAGAGUUUCUAAAUAUCGGUGCACAAGAACACUUGGACAUUAGAAGGGAAACAGGGCCUGGGGGUUAAUGCAAAGCAGCGCUGGAACAUAAAAGAAAAGGAACUUGCUUCUCUACUUGAGGUAACUUACAAACUAUACAAGUCUCCUACUUUUCUUCCAAAUAUAAGCUCCAGGCAGGGCCUUGGAAUUUGGAAACCAGCCAUUUUAUACUAGCCUGUUGUGAACCCCAACAAUAUGAAAUGCAUUUUCGAAACUGAUACCUGUAUGUAAAUGAUGUAUUAAUAACUACUGGGGUCUGGUUUAUUUCAUGCCUCUAUUAUAAUCUAAGGCAAUUCUCUCUGUUCCUCACCCCACAAGCAUUAUUCAAAGCUUGGCUAUUAAAUAUUUUUAUUUUAUGAUAUGAGAUGUAUGGAUUUUAGCUAGUAAUGCAAAAAUGUUAAUAAAAAGUGGAGAAAAAGACCUAACACAUCCCCCCCCCCCAAGAAGAAAGCAUUCUGUAGAGUCUAGUAGUUAAAAUGUAAAUGAAAUCACUGAAACUGUGUCCAGAGAGUUUGGAAGAACUGCAGUAUGAUAGUAAUGUUUCUUCAGUGUCACCAUAUUAUUUAAGAUUGCAGUCCUGGGCACGCAGACCUGAGAUUAGACUCCAUUGAACUCUGCUGGACUUAAGCGAACUGCAGCUGAAAUGCAGUUUGCAUUUCAAAAUGCACUAUUAACAAAGGCUCUUGUGCCAGCUGAAAUGCAACCUUUGCUUUUUUGAUACCAAUGCCAUUUCAAAACACUUGAUCUAAGAUUUAGGCUGCCAGUUUAGAGCUGGGAGUUCAAGACAUCCCUGUGUUGCUUUAUUCUUUUCCUGCAAGCCAAUCAGUCUGUUGUGGCUGAUCAGACACACUCACUUUGUAGAUUAGGAACUUGUGACUAGAAAAUUGAAACUUCAUCUGCUUUAGCUUGGAAUGUGUUGGUUCUGUCUAACAAAGAUAAGCUCCCCUUCCCAAACAUUCCUUGAGAGUGACUGGCUCAGGGUCCUGCACCUGCACAAUUUUGAGGAUUUGUGCUAAUGAUCUAAGUUACCCUUUCAACAAUGGUGCCCCUCUAGAUGUUUUGUCCUCCCCAACCUUUGGCUGUGGCCAGUGAAAAUAACUGUAGUCCAAAACAUGAGGAGGAUAUCAGGUUAGAGAAAUCCCUGGUAAACAAUACAGUGGUACUUCAGGUUAAGAACUUAAUUUGUUCCAGAGGUCCGUUCUUAACCUGAAACUGUUCUUAACCUGAAGCACCACUUUAGGUAAUGGGGCCUCCCGCUGUGCCGCCAGAGCACGAUUUCUGUUCUCAUCCUGAAGCAAAGUUCUUAACCUGAGGUACUAUUUCUGGGUUAGCCGAGUCUGUAACCUGAAGCGUCUGUAACCCGAGGUACCACUGUGGUUGCAGGUUUGCCUUAUGUUCAUCUGUGGAGGGAAGGGAUCGUUAUCAGAGCUGGGAGGUUAUAAUAUUCACGGUGUGUGCAUUGGCGGAUUCCUGCCACAAAAAAAUGUUAGGUGUGCAAGCUACUGGUAUUCAUAUUUCAUUUCAACAGCAUCAGAGAGAAAAAACCUUGGAACUGAAAAUAGGACCUGCAGCUAAGAAUGUGUAAUACAGUAAGGGAGACAGGGACUUGCCCUUAUCACCCCUACCUUUCAUGAACGCUUAAGGCAUUGACUGGAGAAAUGUCCUCUUACAACUUAGAAGGAUCUGCAGCUGGUUGCCUUCAUUUUUGUCCUCCUGGAGAGAUGGAAAUAAAUCUACAUCCUUCAACCUGACAGUGCUAUGUGCAGUAUAAUAAGCUGUUCAACAAAAUAUUAUUCCAGAUUACUGAACAAGAACCCUCACAUGUCCCCUUUGUCAGUGGAAAGAUUGGCACUUGUUGCUUUAAAUCUGCCAGGUUAGGAAUACAAAUUGAACAAAAUGGAGAAGCCAGUUUGUCGGCACAUUGCAGCUCCAUUAUAAAAAGCUGUUGAAUAAAUACACGUAGCAGUUGUUUAAGCUGUCGUUUUUAUUUCAUCAAGAAAUCAACUGCUACAUCUUCAGAUUGCUUCAAUUGUAAAAUCUUUAUACACUAGUGGACAACAUUAUUUGCAACUUCUGUAAUACAAUUUAAAAAAACAACAAGCAAUUCAACUCGAUAUUGACUGUUCCGAUCAGUUUGAAAAUCCUAGGUCCUAUUUGGCUUCCCUGCGAAUAAUAGCUUUGAAAAUUCUGCGGCCUAUUUCGUUCAGCAUUUGUAUCUCAGUUCUAAAGGAUGGUAGCUAUUUGAUAGUGUGUUCUGAAAAAUGGAUAUAGGUUAGUUCAGUUGACAACACCAAUGGUUAAUGUCUCCCUCACUUGCACCAAGACAGUGCUGUGAUUUAAACUAUUGGGCAUAUGAGUCACUUGCCCCAUGAGUGCAGGGCGCACAUGUGGAAGAUCCCAAAAGGGUUCAGAGCUUUGGUCAUGCUGACUCCUACCCACUGCCUAUAGCAGAGGUGUGAAACCUGUGGCCCACGGUGGCUGAACUACAGCUUCCAGCAAGCAUGGCCAAGGAUGAUGGGAAUUGCAGUUCAGCAACAUCAAGAGCACCACAGGUUCCCCACACCUGCCCUGUAGGACAGGGACAUUUGCAAGUAGUACAGUAGUACAGUCUAGUUUCAACUCUCCUGUCCCCAUCUUGCAAGCACAAGAAAAUCAGGAUGGAUAAUUUAACACAAACGAGCCUAUUUGAAUUAAUGUAUUUAAUUUGGAAAUUUUACUGUUCCUCAAGACUCAGGGUAAUGUUUAAAUCUGAAUAGAAGCAGGUUUGCCUUGCAGCUGAAUCAGUACCUCUAGCAGAUUCAUGAAGCCAAAGGAGGCUUUUCUAGGUAACUCCAGUGAGGAACCAAUUCAACCAUUAUUUACAUUCUCAAGCACAGGCAUUUUGCCUUCACCCAAUGAAAGCAAACUACUCUGGGUCUGCCAGUUACUAUCGGACCAAGUUUUUAAUUAAUCAUUCAUUGACCCUUGUUUGCUACUUUGCUUUUGAGAGGGUGGGGGAUGAGCCAAGGCACAGUGAAGCGGAAAUGACUAGUGCCAGAAAGUCCAGGAGUGGUGACCUUAGGGCUGAGCAAACAAGGCAACCACCCAGGGCUCCAAAAUCUUGGAACAAAAUGCUGCCUGCCUUCUUUAUAGUCUGCCUCCGCCUGCCUUGUCUUUAACCCAGCAGCAUUGCAAAUGGGCGUUGUGAAACCUGCAUCCUUGCAUUGCAAGGCAAGGAGAACAGGGUGCCAGAGCCAUAUUGGGAUCUUCCAAGUGCUAGGUUCUAUAGUGUAGGAUUCAGCCCAGUACAAGUGAAUCAUGCCUUGAUAAUACAUUUUGCUUAAACCUUUUCUUAGAGCCGAUUUCAAUAGAAAGAAAAAAUACAUCGUACUAGCCACGGUCUACAUAAUCGGAAGCAAAGGGAAAGCAUACACACUUUUCCUGGUUUUGAAAACGUGAGAAGCUAUCCCCAACUUGUGUUCUGAAGCGGUAGGGACCGAACAAAGUCUUUAAAAAGUUUGAAUUGGUGCUCUGAACUUUGCUAGAACUAAAUAAUUGAAUAUAUAUAUAUAUUAAAAAAACAAAAAAAGGAAACAAAUGUAUUUUUCUGAGGUAGUAGUCACAGUGCAUCCAAAUGUUAGUUAUAAGCACGUUGCAUUUAUACAGAGCAAUAUCCUGGUUGCAGGUAGACAGUGUAUGCUAAGCAACAACUGACUACUAUAUAAUGUAGCAAACCCUAACAGCAGUCUGUCCCUACACAAAUGGGAAUGCUAGUUAAACAGCUAGAUAAACUCUGGCUGCAGAUUUCCAUAUACUUACUUUGGAGUAAGUCCCAAUGAAUUUGGUGGGGCUUACUUCCGAGUAAAUAUGCAAUGCCAUCAGGCGGCAAGCGAUUCAAGUAAAAACAAAGGGUAUUCUGCCAUAAUCUUUCCUUCUUAAAACCAUUACGGGGUGGGAUUUCUAGAGUGGAAAUGCUCCGUGCAUAGAUCCUACCAAAACGUGAGUUUGCAUCUAGUAAACCAGCAUAACUAAGCAGAAUACACAUAGAGCAGCUGACACACAUCCUCUGGAAUACUUGUGCCCCCUCUAUAUUACAAAGAAGCUCAACAUUAUGGUAGGGAUAACUCGCUACUGUGAACAACCUAGUCUCUACCCUGUAGUCUGCUGGGCACUGCCAGUUCAUUAAUGCUGUGCAGUUUUAAAAGGGCAGCCCUUCCCCUUUUAUUGUCCAAUUACUACAUGCUGGUGAUUCUUCUAAGUGUGUCCACACGUUAGUGUUCCACUGCAGCUUUUAAAAGUUAAAACAAAAGCACAAAGGGUGCUUUCUACUGAAAACCAUUCCCAUGCAGGUCUUAUGGCAGGAGCUGCUCCUUGAUUAGUAGUUUCCCUAAAGCCUUCCCCUUUUUGACCCCCCCCCCAAAAUGUUCCAUCACAGGUUUAAUCUGGUUUCUCUGCAAAUAUUUUAUGAUCUAAACUAGCCCAGCUCAGUAGAUGAAACUUCAAUACAUUCAGCUAAAUAAAUUCUAUUUUUCACAUGCCAUGUUCUACAGCUUCUUUGUGCUGGGUUGUUGUUUU